AGCUUUAAAAUGGGAGAGAGAAAAACUAGGACUUUGCUGCAUGAAUUGUAAAGUUAUAUUAGCACUACUUCUUGCACCACCACCAGCAAUUUAUAAAUUGCUUACAGAAAAAAAUCCUAUAUCUAAAUUACCUUUUGUUAAAAAAGCAAUAGCAUAUAAUCAAGUAUUUGCUUUUAUAUCAAUUGCACAAAUUGAUAGAAGACAUGAAGUAAUGGAAGAAAAAUUAAAUAAAGACAUGUUAAAAGAAAUUCAAGAGAGAUUAAUAGAAUUCAAUCCUUUUGUUAAUACUUAUAUACAAGCAGGAAAUGUACAAGCAAGUCUUAUUUAUAUUUUAAUACAUAAUAUGUAUAACAGGGAUAUGAGACAAUAUAAUAUACCAACAACUGAUGAACCAAAAAAAACUUUCGAAAAUAUUUCUAAAGAAUACGAAAUUUCUGAAAUUGAAACUGAAGAAAGUGGAACCUCAAAACAAUUUUUAGAAUCUGCAACUAUUAGAAGUUCAUCAAGUAUGGAUAUUGAUGAAAAUAUUAAUAUAGGUGAUAAAGAAUAUUUGAGAAAAGAUUAUCUAUAA